CCCAUCUAUGCUUUAGCUUUGACUAAAACGGCACCGUAUGUCCCUUGAUUGAAAAGAGAAGGGUUUUUGGUAUGGGGGUUUUUGAAUUUGGAUCGUUAUUGGCCAGGCAUUCGUUGAAUUCUCCUUCUUCAAGCUUGCAAAAAAAGACUGUUCCCCAACAUUAAUCGAUGUGGUAUUUAUGUGUGUUUUACCACAGGCUGCUCGAUUACCGGAAACCCGAAGUCGAGUCCCUGGCUGACCUUUUCGGAGCUUUCGAAGACAAACGGCGCCCUGGUAACCGAGUUCUACAAUGGCGGCUACCUCAACACCAUCACCCCGACUCCCCUUUCUAUUUCGUCGACUUGCCUUCCGAGGACGUGGCCAAGAACAUCGCCAAUCGAAGUAUACUUGUGAAGGGAAUAUAUGAACUUUGGGGAGAAGGAGGUAGCUAUGAGGAGCUUGAAGAGGCUGUUAAAAGCUACCCUGAUGAGCGAAAGUUGCCAUAUUUGGGGUCUGAAAGUACGUUUAAGAUUACCGUGGAUAGUUUUGGGAAGGUUAUGAGCCUUCUGGAGCAGAAUGAACGGAUUCGGGGGCUUUCAUAUAUUUCUUUUAAGGGUCGAGUUAAUUUAAAGAACCCCGAUCACAAUUUCUGGCUCAUGGAAACUGAUGACAUUGCAACUAAUAAUGGACUUCCACCGGUAGCACAAAGGAGAAUAUUCUUCGGUAGGGAAGUUGGUGGAGCAGAUAGGAAGCUUCUCCCCACGUAUCAGUUGAAAAGCCGAAAUUAUCUUGGACCAACAGCAAUGGAUGCGGAAAUGGCUUUCUUAAUGGCCAAUCAAGCGCAGGCUGCGCCUGGGAAACUUGUAUAUGACCCCUUUGUUGGCACGGGGAGCAUUCUGGUUUCAGCAGCUCACUUUGGAGCAAUGACAAUGGGUGCUGAUAUUGACAUCCGAGUGGUGCGUGAUGGGCGCGGCCCUGACCGUAAUGUUUGGAGCAACUUCAAACAGUACGGAUUGCCGAUGCCAAUUGCUUUGUUGAGGGCGGAUAACAACCUUCCUCCUUGGCGUCCUGGAUUAAAGGAGGUGUUUGAUGCAAUAAUUUGUGAUCCUCCAUAUGGAGUUCGAGCUGGUGGACGGAAAUCUGGAGGCCGGAAAUUGCUCAAGGGGGUUAUUGGCCCUUACACUGUUCCAGAUGACAAAAGGGCAGACCAUAUACCUUCAACUGCGCCUUACAGCUUAGCUGAGUGUGUGCAUGACUUGCUUGACCUUGCUGCUAGGAUGCUUGUAAUUGGUGGCAGGCUCGUAUUCUUUUAUCCCGUGUCGAGAGAAGAAGACUCGUGCGAAGAUCAUUUCCCUGAGCAUCCAUGUUUCGAGUUGGUUGCCACUUCAGAACAGAUACUCAGCUCACGAUACAGUCGGGUUUUACUCACCAUGGUAAAGACGUCCUCGUACACCGAGGAACUUGCGUUGGCAGCUUGGAUGAAACAUUUGGAGUUCAAGGCGAAUCAUUCCAAGUGGUUGGAAGAAGGUAAAAAUCUUCACUCUUCUGUUUUCAGUCCAGCAGAUGUUCAUCACUCUGGUGAUUCAAAACUGAGCAAAGAAUCAAAGCGCAAAUAUAGAGGGAAAUACGUGUAAUAUCUUUGCUGUUGUUUUAGGGGCUAUAUUUAUUCUAAAAAGAAAAUAAGGUAAAAUUCUGAUUUUCACCCUUCUUGUUUGUAAUUCUAUAAACCAAAGUUACAAAAUUAUUGUCUCACUUUUUAAUCGAAAGUGUUUAUUUCUAAAGAAUGGUGAAAAAAACAAA